UUUUUUUUUUUUUUUUCAUGAAUGCACAUUUCUUACCCUCUGCCUACUCCUUUCCUGUCCUGGAGGGUGCUGGAAGAUGGAAACCAGGAAAAGGAUCAGUGGAAAGAGAUUUUUUUAUUCUCAGAAGUUCAUUUUCUACAAGGCAAAGAGGUCCCAUUGAUUGACUCGUGGUUUCCCAGAAAGCAGCCCUGCUGUAACAAGCCUUAGCAAGUGGUGAUCUGGCCUGCAAGAGCUUGAAGGAGACUGAUGUCUGUCGGGUUAUAAGAACAGCCUCCAGCUGGCCAAAGAACAGCCAGAGAGAGAGCUACAGAAACAUAUUCCCUUUGUUAGUAAAAGGGCUAGGAAAGACUGAAAUCCUGUUCUAAGAAGGUGAAAAAACAAAUAAGAAGACACACAGGGCACUAUGUCACUGGCAUCCUGGUUCAGGUGGAAUGAGCCCCCAAACCGCUUUUCCCAGAGGACCCCCACAGAAAUGGUGGUUGAGACACUAAUGAUGGAGCUGAGCUGGCAGACCAAGCAGGCAGAGAAGCAGCAGCGAGAGCGGGAGAACGAGUAUCGCAAGAUCAAGACUGGGGUGGACUACGGCUGGCUGGUCAGCUACCCAAAGCAGAGCUAUGAUAUCAGCCCUGGAGAACGCCUGCAGCUGGAGGAUAUGUGUACCAAAAUACAUCCUGCCUACUGUGGGCCUGCCAUACUCAGAUUCCGGCAACUCAUUACUGAAUAUGAGCCAGAAGUGCAGGAAGUAUCCCGGCUUUUCCGCUCUGUCCUGCAGGAAGCUGCCGAGAAGAUCAAAGAGGAGGAAGAGGCCAAGAAGCUUGCCAGGCAAUGGAACACAAAGAACAAAUCCAGCCUUUCCUUAACAACAUUUAAAUCCCGGUCCAGGAUUUCCCCAUUCAUCAGUGACAUCAAGACCAUCUCUGAGGAUGUGGAACGGGGCACUCAGCCCACCAGAAGGAUCUGGAGCAUGCCAGAAUUUCGGAAUGCCAAGGAUUACUGACUCUAUACUGAACAAGGUUUUUAGACAGUGAUCUUUCAAAAUCCUGGUUAACCCUUUUUUAGCUCUACUGUUUCUUCUUUGUUCCAGCUCUCUCUCUUCCUGCCUGUCUCUCUCUUGGAAGUUGUGUCCAUAGUAACUGCUGCUG